AACAUUUCCCGAGGCUGACUCAAUCGCAGGGCUCGCCACGUGCUGCCCGGCUCGGGGGAUGUCGGAGGAUGCUCAGCGCACAGAUCCUGCGCACCAGCUCUCGCGCACCGCCAGGCUAAGGUUUAGUAAAUGUAGGAAAAGGAAUGAGGUCACCUUGGAUGUUUUUAAGGAACAUAUGAGAAAAUCUGACAUGAACUGAGUCACGUCAGCCUCCCUGGCCAGCAACAAAAGGGGAAGUAUGUAAAUACGUGAUUAAAGUGACUUGAAAACCCCGGCGUAAAAAUAAUAUUUGUCAGCAUUAAAACACGACAUCCAAGAUAUUCGAGGAAUGCUUGCUUCUCAGAAUCAGUCUUUUUCCUCCAACCUGCCAGCACAGCAGCAAACCUGUAUGCUGGCGCACCCAGGACAUGAUGGUUUCAUGCUCCUUGCUGGCUUUUUCAGUGCUGGGGGGUUUUCUUUAUUAAGAAAUAAAUAAAGACUUUAUUAAAAAGGGGUUUGGGAGAGCCCAGGGGCUGUACCCGGUGCUUGGCUGCAGCUGGGAGGGAGCUGCACACCUGGAAACCUUGCAGCAGCUCUGGUCCCAAAUUUGUUUUGCAUGAUGGAGACGGGUGAGGAGGAGCAGGCUGGGGCUGUGAUGCUGUCAUCCCCGGGGGGGCUGGUGUUGAUGCUGCUGGGCACCUUACCUGCUGCCCGGGCACAGCCCCGAGGUGGCCAAGGGGCAGCAGAAGGGAGCAUCCUCCCUGAAAGGGGUUUUCCCCGGCUGAGCCUCCGCGCUGCAAGACUCCCCGCGGGGCUCUUCUUCGUAAACGCCAGCAAGGAGGGACAGUUUCAACACCGGAUUUUGGGAAUCCGUGCCUGCAGCCGGGAACUGCUGAGGUGGAACCGCCCCGAUUGCACAACCAAACCCUGGGCAGAGCUGGCACCCCUGCGGCAAUAAAAAGGCGAGGGAGCCCUGCGAGGAGCACAUCCGCCUGUCCACCUGCUGCAGAGAUGGUGCCGACGACCUCCCUCCUGCUGCUGCUCAGCCUGGCUCUGCUGGCCCCCGGCCUCUCUGCGGAGAAGUGCGUGCUGACCGGGCGCUGGACCAACGACCUGGGCUCCAACAUGACCAUCGGGGCUGUGAACACCAAGGGCGAGUUCACUGGCACCUACCACACGGCUGUGACGGCCACGACAAACGAGAUCAAGUUGUCACCGCUGAAGGGAAACCAGCACAGCAUCAACCAGAAGAGCCAGCCCACCUUCGGCUUCACCGUCAACUGGAGCUUUUCAGACUCCAACACCGUCUUCACGGGCCAGUGCUUCGUGGACAAGGACGGCAAGGAGGUCCUGAGGACCAUGUGGCUCCUGCGGUCACACGUCGACAGCAUCGAUGACGACUGGAAAGCCACCAGGGUCGGCACCAACGUCUUCACCCGCUUGCGCAAGCGCUGGGAGUGAGGGUGGCCCCGCGGGGACCCAAGCCGGUGUCGGUGCUGGACUGCAGACCCAGCUCCUGCCCCUUCCUCUGCUCCCAAUAAAGCUUUGCUGCAAAA